GCUCAACGCUGAAAAUUGAGAUCGACAGAAGGGUAAGCGAAGGCGAAGGUGGGCUAGGGACUAUGGGGAAGGCCAAGAAUCCAGAUCCUCCGAACUACAAGAAGUACGGUGUCCCUUUGUAUGGAGCUGCGUGGGCGCCGUCCACCAUCAUCAACGACGCUCCCCAACCCCUCGAUCAAAAGCAAGAAGCUGAUGAAGUUUCGGGAGAGGGAUCCACGCCGUCGCCCGCUGCUCCAACCUAUCUAGUUUUCUGCGGCGGUGGGGGCGAAGGCCGCAGCGGCAUCCCCAACGCUCUUCUUCUCGCUGAAUUCGAUUUCGCCUCCAAUUCUCUCUCCGAUAUGCCCGUGUUUAAACUUGGAAUAGGUGCUGAUUUACCUUAUAGAAUGGCUGUGCAUCCAGGUGGAGAAGGUCUUAUCUGUUCGUUGCCAAAAAGUUGCAAAUGGUUUCAGUGGGAUGAAAUUAAGACUGAGGAAGUCCAUAAACAGGGUUUAAAACUUUCUGAGAAAGUUCUCACCCACUUGGAAGACGUUGGACAACAGUUAGCACUGACAUUCAAUAAUGAUGGUUCAAUGCUUGCUGUUGGUGGCGAGGACGGCAAUUUAAGGGUGUUCAAGUGGCCUAGCAUGGAAAAUGUUCUCAGUGAGGCUCAAGCUCAUACAACCGUGAAGGAUUUAGAUUUCAGUCCUGAUGGAAAAUUUCUCGUCUCCUUGGGAUCUGGUGGUCCUGGUAGGGUUUGGGAUCUAACAUCAUCAACGGCUGUAGCUUCACUUCCCAAGGAAAAUGAUGAGGUUUUUGCAUUCUGCAGAUUUUCUCAAACUAACGUCAAGAAUCAGGUUCUGUAUAUUGCUGCAGUUCGAGACCGAGGUGCAUGCAUUGUGACAUGGAACACCACCACAUGGAAGAAGGUGGGAUCAAAGCAAAUAGUCCGUGACUCAAUUUCUGCUUUCAGUGUUUCAGCUGAUGGAAAGCUCCUUUCAGUUGGGACAAUCCAGGGAGACAUUGUGAUUGUGAAUUCUGCAAGUAUGCAGGUGCAGGCAGUGGUUAGAAAAGCACACCUUGGCAUAGUGACAACAAUGAGGUUCUCCCAAGAUUCAAGGGCUUUGGUCUCUGCAUCCAUGGAUUCCAGUGCAAGGGUGACAGUAAUCAAGGAGAUGAAGAAAAAUGGAUUUAGCUUAUGGAUCAUUAUCUUCAUCAUCAUAGUUGCAAUUGCUGCUUACCUCAUGAAGACCAAAGGGAUCGUUCCUUAAUUAGAGAGUUAUGUCUUUUAUGAAUAGGAUGAUGAACGUACUCUUUAACUUUGCAUAAGAGAGCUUGGAGGUUAUCAAAAGUGUUAAAUUUAUUUUUGGUGAUAUGGGUUAGAGAUGCGAUGGUGAGGGACCGUUGGUUGGUUGAGCUGAUUCAAACAGGCUUGAGACAGAUUGCUUUUUGGUCAUGCAUAUUAUUUGUAUUUUGUGAAGGACUUUGAUCCCUGGUUAGAAGGCUGUUGUUCCCCGUUUCUUGGUUAA